ACCGAGCAAAAAAAGAUGGUUCCCCGCUUGUGAAAGCAUUAAUUGAAUUUUCACAAGAAAAAACGAAAAAUAAACUAAAGUUUUGUUUAUUAAACGUGAAUUUAAUAAUUAAAAAAGUUUUUGCAUAUUAAAAACUGAAACAUUGUUGGUUAUAUUUGUAGUUUGUGAGUUUAUUUUCAAUUGAAAAAAUGCGUAGACGGAGUGAAAGAAAAAAAUCUACAGAUGUAUCUUCACCAGCCCCGGCAUCACGUCGUACAAAUCGUCGCCGCAAGUCUCACUCGGUUUCAGAGGAGGACAAGAGUGCCGAAUCGAAUAAUGAAUUGAAAAAUGAAAAACCUUUGGACAACGAUGCAGAGGAGAGUGGCGGUGAAAGAGAACGAGAUUCUAGUGAGGAGCGUUCAGAAACUAAACGUAGGCGUAGCUCGCGUAUGAGAACUCCCGUUAAGGAGUUGCGUACUAGUCCGGCUAAGCGACGUACCAGACGUGAAAUUACACCGGAAAAUAAAAUAAAUACAAUUAUCGAAGAAGAAAAUGGUGCGGUUAAUAAUGAAAAUGAAUCCAAUAUAGAGGGCGUUGACAACAGUCAACCCAGUAAGAAGGCAGAUAAUGAAGACGCCAAACAAGAAGAAAAUAAAGCGGCAGAACCCUCGCCAGAAAAAAACAACAAAGAUAUUGCUAAGGAGGAAGAAAGUAACCAGACAAAUACACAUGAAAACGCUAAUGAUAACAGUCCAACAAAGGUAGAGGAGGAACCGAAAGAUACCAAGGAAAAUGUCAAUGAAAUCAACAAAGUUAACACAAAUAACAAGGAAAAACACGUUGAUGAUGACGAUGAAUCUCAUUCUUCUAUUAAAAGUAAUAAGAAUGAAAUUCAUGACAAGGAUGACCAAGAUGAAGUAAAACUUCAUACUCGUGAUAAUUCACCAAGAUCACGUAGCAAUAGUAGUGAGCGAAAGGAACAACACGCAGCCGCUAAGAAAUGUGAAAAUAAUGAUGAUGAGGACGAAACGGAAGAGGGUGAAGUUGUUGAGAAAGCCAAUAAAUCUGAUGAUGAAAACAAUAUGAGAGCUCAGGUGAGGGAACGCAUAUUGAAACGACACUCGAUAGAAGGUUCAACAGCAGCUUCGAAGGACACCAAGGAUCAUCACAAGUCGGAGGAGGUAAACAACACUCAAGACGGUAAAACUAAUGAAUCCUCUAAUACUACUGCAGCAGCUGAUACAGGUCGCCACAAUAUCAACUCAAAUGCAACAGCAACAACAACAACAACCCGCAAACGCCGUUGGAUAACUAAGAAAGCCACUGAGAGCAAAGAACAGAUUCUGGCCAUUUCCACAGAUUCGUUGAAGACUCUUAUUGCCGACGUUCAUCCUGUGCCGUUGAGCGAUGUGCAGUUAGAGUCUUCUUCGGAAGUUGAAGAAUUGGCAUCAGAACGCGAAGAAGGCGAACAGUCACCAACACCGGAGCCGGAACGACGUCGUGAUUCCAUUGAUAAACUGGAAAAGACCUCCAAACUAAUAACAAAGUCUUUAAAAGAAAAUAGUCGUCAAGUUAAUCAAGUGGUUCCAGUUGUUGGUGCUGUACCCGCCUCCAUUCAACGUUCACCUAGUCCGGCCCGAAAUCAAGCCAGCAGUGUUUUAUUCAUAACAAAUCUAGUACGUCCUUUCACAGUUUUACAGUUAAAGGGUUUACUUGCACGUACGGGUAAAAUUGUUGAGAAUGGUUUUUGGAUCGAUCGCAUUAAAUCCAAAUGUUAUGUAGAAUACGAAACGGAGGAUCAAGCCAUUGAAACCCGUCAUGCAUUACAUGGUGUACGCUGGCCAGCAUCAAAUCCAAAAUGCUUAAAUGUUGAUUUUGGUAUUAAAAAUGAUAUGCUUAAAGCUAUAGAUUCAACAAAGGAAGAUGCACCUAAGUUUGGACAAGAAACCAAUAAAGACAAUCUUUUAGUUGGAUCGGGCUGGAGUAGGGAGCGUCAGGAAGAUGAUAAAAAGGGCUCUCGUCCAGUGCGCGAAUGGGAUGUUGGUAAGAAGGAGAACUUGGAUCGUGAGAAGAUAACUAGGGAUGUGGAUAGACGACGAGAACGCAGCCGUGACCGUAGCCGUGAUCGCAGUCGGGAUCGUAGUCGGGACCGUAGCAGGGAUCGUAAUAUGUCAAGAAAUCGUGAAAACGAACGAAUUGACCGAGAAAAGGAACGUAGACAAAGACGUGAAAGAGACGUUCGAAGUAGCAGUCUAUCACCAGUACGUAAACAAAAGAAAAAGGAAGAUCCCCCAUUAAGACUAUUAGACGAUCUAUUUCGUAAGACUAAAGCCACACCUUGUAUUUAUUGGCUACCAUUAACACCAGAACAGAUUGCUGAAAAGGAAGCAUUCCGUCAAAAACGUUUAGAAGAACAAAAACAACGUCUUAAACAACGGGAAAUGGAACGUGAAAAAGAGCGUGAAAGAGAACGCAAUCGACAAAGUGAUCGUGAUAGGGAUAGAGAUCAUCGUCGCAGCAACAGAUCCAGUGAUAGACGACGUUCACGUAGCCGUGAUCGACGUCGUUAUUAAGGUGGCGGUAUAUAUUUUUAUUGCAGAUCACAUUUUAUCAUCAAUAUUUCUACUUGAUGUUUAUGAUAAUUAUCAAAUAUGGUUUUUUAGGCUGAUGCACACACAUAUACAGUAACAUCGUUCGUUUUUCUCCCAUACUUCUUUUUUUAGAAGAAAACAUACAUAGUAUAGUCCAAAUCUCUCAAUAAUUGCGAGAUAUCUAAAAAAUCAACAAUUAUUAUACACAUGUAUAAAAAUUCAAAAUAUUUUGCUUAUUAUUUGAGAAAAAAUCAAGCAAAUCCUUAACAAAAUUCUUUUUUUUAAAUUUAAACAAUAAUUAAUAUUUUUUGAAAUAUUUUUUAUUUCAUAUAGAAGCAAACAUUUUGCAAAAUAUUUUUUUGUAUACUUACAUUACGUUAAAAAUAUUUCAAUUAAUAUUUUCUUAUUGUUCGCUCUAACAAAUAUUAGGUUUUCUAAUUUCCACGAAAAAAAGAAUUAAUUUUUUCUUUAAAAUUUUUGUAGUAUAUUAUUUUAAUUAACAUUUAUUUAAAAAAGUGUUUUUUUAAUAUUUUUUGUUUUUCUUUUAUUAAAAAAAAAUUUGAUCUUAAGAACUUUUCUAGCAUCCUCCACAUAUAAAAAUAACCCGAUCUGCCAACCUUAUCUAAAAAUCUAACAGCCACGUUUGUCACGACCUAUGUUGCCUCGUUAACGCUGGGACACAUUUAUAUUCUAUAAAUUCUCAACAGCAGCCUUCUGUACCACGCUAAAUCAUCCAUCAACCAGCAAAUUCAGCGAAUUAAUUGAAAUAAACCUUAAACUACAAAGUU